AUGCACAAAUUUGCUAUUUUACUAUUAGGUGUAAUUACUUUGUUAUCAAGAGUAUCUGCCAUAAAUACAAUAAAAGGAAAUUUAUAUGUCAAUGAUUAGCUUAGAUUAAAAGAGAUUAUAGUUGACCCAAAUUAAUCAUAGUUUAUACCUUAAAAAUAUUUUUAAAAUUAGUUUGUACAAACUAAUUUACAAUAGGAUCAAUAAAAUGAGUAAAGUGAUCAUGAAAAGUAAGUAGAUUAAGCUGACAGUGGUAUAAUUACUAACAAUGCUUGGUGUGAAUAGUGCUAAUUCACUAAUGUUAAAGUUUCAGAAAAACUGAUAGGUGAAACUUUGAGCGUCAAUAUAAUUAAAGGAUUAAAAAAUCCAAAUGAUCCUCAACAAGAUGGUGUUAUAACUAUUUUAGGAGAUUUGAGCAUUUAAGAUAAAAACGAUGAAACAGAAACAUCAAAUCUAAAUAUAAAUCUUAUAUAAAGCAAAUCUCUUAGCAUAAAUGGAGUAAGAUAGUGGACACUUCUCGAUUCAGAGUCAUUUUCAUUCACCAAACAACAAUCAAAUACAACUCUUCUCUAAAACGGGUGGAAAGUAAUAAAAGCUGAUGCAUCUUCUGAGUCUUUAAAAACAAAUGAAGAAGAUAUGGCAACAGCUAGCUUGAAUGAGAAAAUUUAUAAAAAAUUCGAAGAUUUACCAGAACACAGCCAUUUAAAAAUUGAAGGCAAUUUCUUUUUUUUAUCCCCAUUUUGGAAAGGAGAAUCUGCAUAAAUAAGAAUUGAUGAUAGAAUAGUAUGGUUAGACUCCCAUAAAUGGACAGAAAACCUUACUUCUGGAAUAGAAGAUAUGUGUCAAAUGAACAUCGCUGAUUUCAAUUAAUAUGUAUGGAUUCAACCAAUAAGUUUUGUUGUCAAGCAUAAGCUUUAGUCUUUUGAAAUAGAACUAGGUCUUACAAAAUUAAUAGAUGAAAUACUUAAGUGCAAUUCUGAUUAAAGUAAGCUGGAAUCUAUACCUUUAUUUGGUUUUGAUGAUUUUUCUUUGUAUAUAAAAUGA